AUGCUGUCGCAUCCACCAGCGGCUCUGUGCUCAUCUUGCUCAGUUUCAGACGUGUUGCCAUUGGUACUUGACAAGGAUUGCACCCUGCCAUCCCGCUCCUCUCUAGAAUCUUGGCGGCAUAGGCUCCUUGGCUAAUCAAGGUGCCCCUCGCACUCUGCCUGACUUCAAUGCCAAGAUAGUAGCAAAGCAGGCCGAGGUCGCUCAUCUUGAAUGCGUCAGUCAUCUCUUUUUUGAAAUGCUUGAUGUCGUCGCAGCUGGCGCCGAUGAUCACCAGGUCAUCGACGUACACCCUGACCACUAGCUGCGCCUCCCCAUUCCACCUGGUGUAGAUGGCAUGUUCCGAGGGACUCCUCCUGAAUCUGAACGACAGCAACGUUUCGUCCAACUUCGCGUUCCAGGCUCUAGGCGCCUGAUGUAAGUCGUAGAGUGCCUUCUUCAGCUUAAAUACCUUGUGCUCGUUGCCUGUGCUGAUGAAACCGGCCGGCUGCUCCACGUACACCUCUUCCUUGAGAUCGCCAUUCAAGAACGCCGACUUGACAUCCAUGUGGUGCACCUCCCACCCCUCGUGCGCCGCGAGAGCAAUGAGAAGGCGCACCGUGUCCAGCCGCGCCACAGGUGCGAACACCUCGUCGUAGUCGAUCCCUUGGCGUUGCGCAUAGCCCUUCACCACCAGGCGCGCCUUGUACUUCGCCACGGCUCCAUUUUCAUCCCGCUUCACCUUGUACACCCACUUCAACCCGAUCGUCCGGCGACCAUGUGGGAGGUCUACCAGGGACCAGGUGUGGUUUUCCUCGAUCGACGCCAUCUCCUCCUCCAUAGCCUUCCUCCAGCUCGGGUGGCCCUCUACUUCAACAAAAGAGAUCGGCUCAUCAGAACUUACAACGUGCAGCUCCUUUGCAAUUAACGCCCGCGACGCGAGACCACGUGGCGAGGCCAGCCCAACGAUGUUGUCGAUCUUGCGGAAUCGGAGUGGCGCAUCAUCAUGAUUAGCGUCCAGGUGGUCAAUGUGGACACUCGGUGGAGAGGCGAACUCCACCUCCUCUCCUCCAUCUUCAAUCGGCGCUGCUCCCCCACUGUAGUGCACAGACGGUGGCGACAUCGGCUCCGGUCCUGGCGCAUCAUCAUCAAGUACCUUGAUGGCGCCAUCGAGCUCUGGAGGUACCUGAUUCCCGACGGCAUACUCCAAUGUGAACAUAUCGUCGUGGCUGCCCGCAUCCCCUUGCUCUGCGCCGCUGCCCCAGUCCCACUGGGCAUUCUCGUCGAACACCACGUCCCGUGUCACAUGGACACGCCUCGCGGUGGGAUCGUAGGCUCGGUAGGCCUUUGAUCCGUACUCGUAGCCGAUGAAGAUCAUCUUGCGGCCGCGGUCCUCCAACUUCUUGAGAUGCGGUGUCGUGUUCAGGACGUAGGCGAUGCAUCCGAACACGUUCAGAUGGUGCACCGCCGGCUUCUUCCCGUGCCAUACCUCGAAAGGCGUCACGCCGUCCACGCUCUUUGUGGGACACCGGUUCAGGAUGUAUACAGCAGUUGCCACUGCCUCACCCCAAAACCAGCCCGGCAACCCCUUUGCCUUGAGCAUGCUCCUCGCGGUUGCUACCACCGUGCCGUUCCUGCGCUCGACGAUGCCAUUCUGCUGCGGGCUGUAUGGCCCCGUGUGUUCACGAUGAAUACCUUCUCCCACGCAGUACUCCGCGAACUCAUGUGAGGUGAAUUCGCCGCCCCGAUCAGUACGGAGCACUCCCAGCUUCAGUCCUGACUCGCCUUCUGCGCGAGCCUUGAUCUCCUUGAUGGCCACCGCAGCACGGUCCUUUGAAGGCAGCAUGGCCACCCACAUGUACCGGCUUCGAUCAUCCACGAGCAGCAGGAAAUACUUGCUGCCGUUUGGCGUUUCCGGCGCAAUUGGACCACAGAGGUCGCUGUGCACCAGCUCCAGAACACGCCGCGCCCGGUACUCUCCCUGCUGGGGGAACGGCGACCGCUUUUGCUUGCCAGCGAGACACGCCUCACACAGCUGGUCCACCGGACCAACCGCCGGCAACCCGCGCACCAGCUCCUCCCGAGCCAUCUUCCGCAGCGCGGUCAUGUUGACAUGGCCGAGGCGCGCGUGCCAUUUCCAACCUUCUUCGACUGCCCACGCCUCCGGACACACCUGCCGAACCAGCUUGGCGUGGAGAAUGUACAGCCUGUUCUCUCCGCGCAUGACCUUUGCUAGGAGCCGUCUGCCUGGCUCAUGGAUCUUCAUCGCCCCCUUCUCGAUGUCGAUAUGGUACCCGGCCUCAUUGAGUUGGCCGAUGCUGACGAUGUUCGUCGUCAGUCGGGGAAUGUAAUACACCCCCGCGAAGGACCGGUGCUCGCCGUUCUUGCACAGGAACACGAUGGCCGCCCGGCCUUCGAUCCGCGCCACCGAGUCGUCGCCGAACUGCACCGUCCCAAGUACCUUUGUGUCCAGCUUGGUGAAAGCUGUACGGGAACCCGACAUGUGGUUCGUGGCGCCCGUGUCCACGACCCAUGCCUCCUCAUCACGCAGCUCCUCCUCUUCAAGGUGGGCGAACAUCUUCUCUUCCCACAGGUGGAUCUGGGUCUGGGCGCCUGGCUUCCGCUCUUCUUUGGCCGCCCCUCCAUUGACGGGGACCCCUUUUGCUCCUGGCGGCGGUGGGCUUGCACGCCGGAGCCGAUCCUCUGCCUGCGGAGUCGCAGCAAAACGUGGUGGAGUGGAGGUUGGUGGCGGCACCGUCGAUCUGGCCGUCGUUGACUUCACGAGAAGGAGCGAGGCCUCCUCCUCAUUCUGGACGACGUGGGCCUGCUCUUUCUUGGGCUUGGAGCGGCACUCGCGGGCCCAGUGGCCCAACUUCCCGCAUCUCCUGCACUCAUCACCUCUGGGCCGGCCUGA